GCUGCUGUGAACUGUCAGAGCUCUGUGCAGAUUCAGAUACUGAGCAGACACAUCGCUGACUGCUCUGUUUACAACAUACCGCAACCUUCAUGCCCAACUUUCCCCAUGGAGGUGAACUUGUGAGGCUGCCAGCGGCACCCCGGCUUACCCGUACAAGGAAUCUUUUCUCUGUCGGGGAACUCCAUGCUGCUGCUUGUGGCGUAUCGCAAGCGAUCCAUGCUGAAGCCAGCCGAAUUCUUCAUCGUCAACCUGGCGAUCAGUGACCUGGGUAUGACGGCCACUCUCUUUCCUCUGGCCAUCCCUUCACUCUUUGCUCACAGGUGGCUGUUCGAUAAAGUGACCUGUAAAUAUUACGCCUUCUGUGGGGUCUUCUUUGGUCUUUGCAGCCUGACGAAUCUGACGGUGCUGAGCUCCGUCUGCUGUAUGAAAGUCUGCUAUCCUGUAUACGGAAAUAAAUUUUCUGCUUUCCAUUCCCGGAUCUUGCUGCUCUGCGUCUGGGCCUACGCAUUCGUGUUUGCCACGGCCCCGCUGGUAGAAUGGGGGCGCUACGGACCGGAGCCGUAUGGUACCGCCUGCUGUAUAGACUGGAAGGCCUCCAACCAGGAGCACCGAGCCAUGUCCUAUAUUGUGUCUCUGUUCGUCUUCUGCUACCUCUUGCCCUGCACGCUGAUCCUCAUCUCCUACACCCUCAUCCUGCUCACCGUGAAAGGGGCGAGGAGAGCCGUGCAGCAACACCUGUCACCCCAGAACAAAGGAAGCAACGUGCACAGCCUUAUCAUAAAGCUCAGUGUUGCAGUCUGCAUUGGCUUCCUCCUCGCAUGGACUCCCUACGCUGUUGUGUCAAUGUGGGCAGUUUUUAGUGAUGCCAGGCGGGUCCCGGCCAUGGCCUUCGCCCUCGCUGCUGUGUUCGCCAAGUCUUCUACCCUCUACAACCCCCUGGUGUAUCUGCUACUGAAGCCAAACUUUCUGAAUGUGGUAACCAAAGACUUGUCCGUCUUUCAGGCUGUGUGUGCCAUGGCCUGUGGCACCUGCCGAACUCCCGUGAAGCAAGCGCCGGGCAUGCACCAGGAUGUCAGGAGCCCCUUUAUAGAGAGCCGCUGCUGCGUUGAAACGUUUGAGUGUUUUGGAAAUUACCCACAAUGCUGCAGUCUUGGCCAGAAGGACACGGGCCACCCGGCAGGCCCCACUCUUGUCAAGACUCAACCAGCCAAUGCCGUAUCGACCUCCUCGGUCCAUCUCGUGGUACAUUCCUCCAGAACUAAAUCCACCCUGGAGACUGUGGAGCUCACAGAAGGGUCGCUACCACCGAACUGUAUGAAAGGCUUUCUGUGACUUGAUGAC